AACAUAUGAAAACGUCCUUGAGUCCCAGAAAGGCAGAGGGGCCAUGGAUAUUGCAAAGAGGCUGCAGUGUUUGCCACAAAAUCUCAACUCCGAAUGGAAAAAAAAUGUCCUGCAACCACCAAAAUCUGAAAUAAAAGUCAAACCAUGGGAAAUAAAGCCUCCUGAUUUCAGUUAUAAACUGUAUAAAUCUUUAAGACUUCCAGAAAAACCAUUAAGGACCAUUAAAGAAGAAGAAAGGAAGAAAAAAAGCAAUUUUCCAGGAACAAUUCUUCACCUUCCCGGAAUAAGGAGUCAUCCUCAAAAGGCCAUAUCUCCCAAAUUUAUAACUACAUUUCCACAUCUGGAUUCACAUAAAGCAAAAUUAAUGUUUGUAGAGAAUGGGAAAUAUCCAAAUGGUAUAUACAUUGACCCAAAACCACAUGACUUUCGACAGUACCAACGUAACUUACCGAAUUUUGUGACAGCUUAUGAAAAGGACCCUUUUGGAUUAAAAUUUAAGUCACAACACCUAAGUACAGUGCAUGGGUGCCCACUGCUGAAAGAUGGUCAACAGAAGAACAGUGCAGAAAGAUUUAUCACCUACAAGCCUCAUGGAUGCACAUGGGAUUCAAAGCUAAUUUUACCAAAAGCCCCAUGGCCCGUUAAAUCUGCUUCAUACACGAGACACAGAAGGCGGCGAGAUGCAUACAGUGCAUUUAUGGAUCGUGUGGAAGAAACAUUUACUAAGACAUGCAAGAACAAUGGGCACAUUUUUUAA